AAGUGAAAGUGAUGCUGAGGUCGUCGCGUCAAGUCGCGUCUUUUCCGUAUUAUUUUUCCCAAGGCUGUGGAUAGUCAAUGAGAUCGAUAAAGGAGGUGGACCCCUUUGACUUCUUAACUCAACAACAGUAGUCCAGCAAUAGAUACGAUAAAACAAUAGCCCUGAUGUCACGAAGACGUUUCUCAAUGUUCAGCCGUAGUUGGAGUCUACCUAUCGAGAGUAGGUCACAAGGCCUAAGAGGUCUGAUGAACUAUGGCCUGUCAUGCUGUGUGAAUGCUCUGCUGCAGUCCUUCUCUGCCACCUGGGAACUGGUAGAUCUGCUAGAAGGGUGGAACCCAGUUGACAAGGAGAGUGUCCCUUUAUAUCUGAGGAAGGUGCUGCUAGCCAUGCAGAGUGACCAAUCCCAGCCUGCUCCUCAUAAAGACUUCCUGCACUGCCUGGACAGAAAUUACAUCCGCGACAAUGUUCAGCAGGAUGCAGAUGAGGUAUUCCUCUCCAUUCUAAACCUUAUCCAACAACAGAUGAGUGACAAGGCCUUGGCUCAGGAGAUUCAGUCUCUGUACAAGGUUACCGUGGAGACACACCUUCAGUGUCUAGAAUGUACAUACAUUGAAACUGGGACCAGCUUUCUACUCAGCCUCCCCAUGCACAUAAGGGAGAGCCAUGACUCCCUGGAGGACUGCAUACAGUUCUUCUUCGAGCUUCAGGAGCUAAGGGAUGGAGAUAAGUGCUACUGUGAAAGGUGUGGAGAGAAGAAGCCAUCCAAACAGGGCUUCAAACUCAUCUCCCUGCCCCCUGUCUUGUGUCUUCACCUGAAGAGAUUCCGUAAUUCCCACGGUUACACCAGGAAACUACACUGCAAAGUCACCUUCCCAGAAACCCUGAACAUUUCUGAGAUCUUGACAGUAGAGGCACUGUCAGAACGUUAUGUACAGAGUGACAGCCAGUACAGUUUGUGUGCAGUCAUAGUGCACUCCGGCGUUGCCAUGUUUGGACACUACACAGCAUACAUUCGUCACAAGGACCAGAGCUGGUACCACGCUAAUGAUAGUUCUGUACGGCAGGUUAGCUGGAAGGAAGUACAGCACACCUAUGGAGGAAGUCUAAGAGAAGGCACAGCAUAUAUGCUGCUCUACAGACGAACCCCAGAGGGAAAGCAACAGGAGUGGUCCUCAGGCUGACGGAGCUAAAGGGAUAAAGAGUGGAGACUGGAAACCGUAGGAAUCAAGGACCAAACACAAAGUGCACAACUACCUAUUGGAGGGGUUGUUGUCUUCAUUUAGCAUUGGGGAUGUCAUUUAUCUGGAUGAUUUUUACUUUAAAAUGAUGGGUAAUGGGUCACUGUUUAUGUGCAAUUACAUGGAUUUGUUUAAGUAUAUUUGGUGUGGUGUGUAUAUGUUUUGAGGUUUUGUUUAUAUUGGAUAUGUUGGACAUUCAUAGGGCAUUACUGAGUUUAGGCAAUAGGUGGAGGCAAAGACCCUUCACCCUGUCAUUAGUACAGUCAUCUUGUAAUCUCCAGAGACUACACGUUCUGAAAGUGUUCUGAAACCACUAUAAGACGGGUGGUUUGAAGAGAGUGCUGAGUUGGGGUAUUCUGGGGGAAAACCAGAAAAAGGCCAUUGACUCAUUGGUGAUAAUAUUUGCCUGACAUGGAAACAUGUGACUCACCUUGUUUCAGAACAAUUGGUUUAUACAGUAGUCACCGGUACUCUGUUUUGAUUACACUACCGAUAUACUGCUGUUAAUGCUGUUUGGAAUGACAUGCAUUGAAAUGUCAUGUUCUUGUAUAAUCUUCUCUAUUGUUAUUUUCUUAUCUUCUAUUUUAUUCUAUUUAUUCUCAUUUGCCUAUCAUCUUUCUCUCAGAAAGGGAGAGUGAGGCACAGAUAAAAUAUCUCCAAUCCACCUAUUCCUUCUCAACAUACUUUACAGUAUAUACUUUACAGUGCAUGUACAACUGGUAUAGGCUGUCUGUCUGGGGAAUCUCACACAUAGUUAAUAAAAACUGUUCCCACUACCCUAGCCAAGACUGAGGACCAGUUGAAAUGGUGCCCGUGUGCUCGCAGCCUGCCUCGCGCUGACAGAAUGGAAGACGUCUGCACAGUGCAACAGGUAGUAGCCUACGUGGGCAUCUCCCACACGCAGUCAGUGAGCAGUAGCAGAGUAAUGCGUUCAGUGUGUACAGUGGUGAUGUACAGUUAUUUUGCUGGCAUGUCCCUGUUCCUUUUAGAUGUUGCAUUUCUAGAGUUGACGCUUGAGUCUACUCAACACUACAGAAAUGUGACAGUUUUGUAACUAAGUCUUAAACCUCACUCUUGAUUGGUAGAUAUACACUGCUCAAAAAAAUAAAGGGAACACUUAAACAACACAAUGUAACUCCAAGUCAAUCACACUUCUGUGAAAUCAAACUGUCCACUUAGGAAGCAACACUGAUUGACAAUAAAUUUCACAUGCUGUUGUGCAAAUGGAAUAGACAACAGGUGGAAAUUAUAGGCAAUUAGCAAGACACCCCCUAUAAAGGAGUGGUUCUGCAGGUGAUAACCACAGACCACUUCUCAGUUCCUAUGCUUCCUGGCUGAUGUUUUGGUCACUUUUGAAUGCUGGUGGUGCUUUCACUCUAGUGGUAGCAUGAGACAGAGUCUACAACCCACACAACUGGCUCAGGUAGUGCAGCUCAUCCAGGAUGGCACAUCAAUGCGAGAUGUGGCAAGAAUGUUUGCUGUGUCUGUCAGCGUAGUGUCCAGAGCAUGGAGGCGCUACCAGGAGACAGGCCAGUACAUCAGGAGAUGUGGAGGAGGCCGUAGGAGGGCAACAACCCAGCAGCAGGACCGCUACCUCCGCCUUUGUGCAAGGAGGAGCACUGCCAGAGCCCUGCAAAAUGACCUCCAGCAGGCCACAAAUGUGCAUGUGUCUCCUCAAACGGUCAGAAACAGACUCCAUGAGGGCCCGACGUCCACAUGUGGGGGUUGUGCUUACAGCCCAACACCGUGCAGGACGUUUGGCAUUUGCCAGACAACACCAAGAUUGGCAAAUUCGCCACUGGCGCCCUGUGCUCUUCACAGAUGAAAGCAGGUUCACACUGAGCACGUGACAGACAUGGCAGAGUCUGGAGACGCCGUGGAGAACGUUCUGCUGCCUGCAACAUCCUCCAGCAUGACCAUUUUGGCGGUGGGUCAGUCAUGGUGUGGGGUGGCAUUUCUUUGGGGGGCCGCACAGCCCUCCAUGUGCUCGCCAGAGGUAGCCUGACUGCCAUUAGGUUGGCGGUUGGCCCUGGGUUCCUCCUAAUGCAAGACAAUGCUAGACCUCAUGUGGCUGGAGUGUGUCAGCAGUUCCUGCAAGAGGAAGGCAUUGAUGCUAUGGACUGGCCCGCCCGUUCCCCAGACCUGAAUCCAAUUGAGCACAUCUGGGACAUCAUGUCUCGCUCCAUCCACCAACGCCACAUUGCACCACAGACUGUCCAGGAGUUGGCAGAUGCUUUAGUCCAGGUCUGGGAGGAGAUCCCUCAGGAGACUGUCCGCCAUCUCAUCAGGAGCAUGCCUAGGCAUUGUAGGGAGGUCAUACAGGCACGUGGAGGCCACACACACUACUGAGCCUCAUUUUGACUUGUUUUAAGGACAUUACAUCAAAGUUGGAUCAGCCUGUAGUGUGGUUUUCCACUUUAAUUUUGAGUGUGACUCCAAAUCCAGACCUCCAUGGGUUGAUACAUUUGAUUUCCAUUGAUCAUUUUUGUGUGAUUUUGUUGUCAGCACAUUCAACUAUGUGAAGAAAAAUGUAUUUAAUAAGAAUAUUUCAUUCAUUCAGAUCUAGGAUGUGUUAUUUUAGUGUUCCCUUUAUUUUUUGAGCAGUGUAUAUUUUUGGGCUGCCCCCUAUAAAUGCUACUCUGUUUUUGAAUAAAAUCCAAUAAAAGGU